AUGGCAAAAAAAAGUAAUGAUGUAGAUGUUGAAGCAUUGAAGAAAAAGGUGUUACCCAUUAUCAGAAUUGCUGUUCUUGGGCCUAAGGGAGUAGGUAAAACAGCCAUUGUCAAUUAAUUUGUUAAUAACUCAUUUGAACCGUAAUAUGAGGAAACAGAUGAUGAUAUUCGUCGUUAUAAGAAAGUCCAUGAUCUAAAUUGCAGUCCAACUGAUCCCUAAUAUGUUGUAUUCAUAAUUGAGGAUAUAUUCCCUACUAAUCAUCCUGAUUUAGUAAGAGAAAGCGAUUUCCUCAAGACAAACAUUUAUUUUGGGACAUUGGAAAAUAGGCAAUAAAGAUUCAAGGAGGAAUAAAAGAACAUCCUGGACUUCGAUAAGUAGAUUUAUGGCUAUAUAUUUGUUUUUGAUGGCAAUUAAAACGAUUCAUAUAAAGGUCUCGAAGAACCUAUUAAAUAUAUAUCAGAAUAUUGUGAAAAGUAAAGAUCUUUCAGUAUGUUGACAUCCAAGAAGGUUGUAGUAGCAAAUAAAAGCGAUUUGAUUGAAGCUUAAAAUUAAGACAAAGUGUUUUCAAAGUGGAAAUCACUUGAGAAGUUUAAUAUCCCUACAAGAUUUGUGGUAUCUGCCAAGACCGGACACAAUAUUAAUGCAGUGUUUGAAGAAAUUGGCAAAUAGAUCUUGCAAGAUUAAAAAUUGGACAUGAUUGACAAGGCUUGGCUUACAGAAAUGAAUAGUUUAAUUAUGGGAAUAGAGUCCUAUAGGAAAAAGAACAAAAACAAUAAUUAAGAUGACAAUAGCAAAAAGAAAGGAGGAAAUAAAGGAUUCCUGGGUUGUGGAGAAAAAAGGAAACAGUUUGUUGCUGACGAUGAGGACGAAGAUGAAGAUGAAGAGGAUGAAGAAUUUAAAAAUUUGUAAUAAUAUCCUGGAAUGAUGGAAGACAAUAAGGAAGGCUGUGAUAUCUUUUGA